CGUAAUACAGCACAAAAUUAAGCUACAGCCUAAAAUACUACUAUUUCUUAUAAAUAUGACGCCCGAAACGCCUCUUAAACUCUCCAUCGAGAACUUGCAAGCCCUCAAUCGUCUCAACGACCCAUCCAUACCAGUGCCCAUGACGCCCCAAAACAUCCUUAUCCUCGGCGCCGGGGAACUAGGCCUCUCUGUCCUCGAGGCCCUCACCUCACACCCCAAGCGUCAACGCUAUUCCGUUCUUCUUCGUCAAGCAACUCUUGAUUCCGCUGCUCCUGAGAAGAAGAAACUAGUCCAGCGCAUUCGUGCCCUCAACGCAGGGUUUGAAGCAGCUGAUGUCGUCAACGCGAGCGUUGAAGACCUAGCGUCUAUCUUUGAGAAAUACGAUGUUAUUGUGUCUUGUAAUGGUAUGGGGUUACCGUCUGGAACGCAGCUCAAGCUUUUAGACGCUGUGCUUAAAGCGGGCGUUAAGAGAUUCUUUCCCUGGCAGUUUGGGAUGGACUAUGAUGUUAUUGGGGAGGGCAGCUCGCAGGAUUUAUUCGAUGAGCAGUUAGAGGUCCGGAAGAAACUAAGAGCGCAGAGGGACGUUGAUUGGACGAUUGUGUCAACUGGACUGUUCAUGAGCUUUUUGUUCCUCCCAGACUUUGGGGUCGUUGAUCUCGGGAAUAAGAUCGUCAGAGCACUUGGAAGCUGGGAUAACAGAAUUACCGUCACAACACCUACUGACAUUGGGCGCGUCACAGCGGAUAUAAUCCUCGAUCCACGGGGUAUAUCGCAUCGAGUUGUGUACACAGCGGGAGAUACUAUAUCCUACGGCGAACUGGCAGAUUUACUAGAUGAGCAUUUUGAAACCAAAUUCAAGCGGGAGGUGUGGGAUCUGGAGGAGCUCAAGAGGCAGAUGGAGAUCGAGCCGAGCGUGAUGGUCAAGUAUAGGGAUACGUUUGCGCAGGGCCGUGGGGUUGCGUGGGAUAAGAGUGUGAGUGUCAAUGAGGAGAGGGGGAUUGAGAUGGUUGAUGUGAGGAAGUAUCUCGAGGAAAUGGAUGUCAAGUCAGAUGAGUGAUGGUUGCUCUGAGUUGGAUGAUGAGUGGUGAGUGUUACCCUACGGUUAUGUGAGUGUCUGCUUUGGGCGUUGCACAUUCACCUUGUAUGACCUGUUUGAGGGUGAUGGCGGUUAGGGAAAAUGCAAUAUUGAUCCUGAGCUGAAAUGCAGUCAAUCACAAGAUUUGAAAGCAAUGUCGACAUACAGUGUAAGUGUAAUAUUGAG